AUGAACACUGCAGGGCCGUUGACCAAGACUCAGAAGAAGGAUGGCAAGAAGUGGAGGAAGACCAGGAAGGAGAGUUAUACCAUCUAUGUGUACAAGGUGCUCAAGCAGGUCCACCCCGACACCGGCAUCUCAUCCAAGGCCAUGGGCAUCAUGAACUCCUUCGUCAAUGACAUUUCCGAGUGCUUUGCCGGUGAGUCUACCCGCCUUGCUCAUUACAACAAGCGCUCCACCAUCACCUCCCGGGAGAUCCAGACCGCCAUCCGACUCCUCCUGCCCGGAGAGCUGGCCAAGCACGCCGUCUCCGAGGGCACCAAGGCCGUCACCAAGUACACCAGCGCCAAGUAAAGCGGACUAAGGAUAUACC